AUAGCUCGGGAGACGUAUGGAAUCUUCGCCAACCGACCCAGUAUAAACGCACGAAAGUAGAUCGAUCAUUGGGGGACUCUACCGGGAGUCCUGGCUCCCAUGUGCCAAAAAUCUAUGUCCCAGUUAGAGUCUCCCAAGGAUCCCGGGUGCCACAAAUUCUGGUCCUUUCAAAACAGGAUAGAUAGCUUGGGUUGCGUAGGUUUUCAUUGAAUAAUUAGGGUAACUCUAGAUCGAUCUUGGCAAGAAUUAAAAUCGAGAGAUGGAUCGAUCGAUGACCAAGCUGGGAUCAUGCCUGGGAGCUGGUACGACGAAGCUUGAUGACCUUCCAGAGGACAUUCUUUGCGUGGUGUUUUCACGGCUGCCCAUGAGGGACGCAGCCCGUGCGGGCGCGUCGUGCUGUACCUUGCUGCGCGUGUGGAGGAGGCAGCCGGAUCUGAUAUUCGACGAGGACACGUUGUUCCGCCGUGGCGGCACGGGCACAGACCUUGUCCGCUUGGUUGACGCGACCCUGCUGCGGCACCGCACCGACACGGCAUUGCAGACUCUCACCGUCAGGUCGUCCUGCCUGCACGGAGACGCCGCCGCCUCCGUCCGUGGCUGGCUGCGGUUUGCCCUCGGUUCAACCGUCACCAGGCGCCUGACGCUCGACCUGUCUCUAGCCGCAGCAGCAAGUAGCAGGAACAGCUGCUGCCUCUACGAUUUCCCGCCCCUCGGCGCGGCGGCUGCCACGGCGCUGGAGCACCUGCACUUGAGAUCGGGAUCAUUGUUACUAAAGAAGCCGCCGCCGAAGCUCACCAACCUGGCCGCCGUCGUGCUUGACACCGUGCGCGUCACCAGCCAAGGCCUCGAGCGCUUCCUCUCGUCGUGCUACAAGCUAGAGAGCCUCGAGCUCAGGCGCUGCGACCAGAUCGUUCACGUGAGGGUGCCCCCGGCGCCGAGGCGGCUAGAUCUGCAGGUGCAUAGGUGCCGGUCGGUGAGAAGCAUCCGUCUGUCCGAAUCCCAUGUCACGUCGCUCGUCUUCACCGGCCAAAACAGGCGGAGGAGGCUGCUGGUUGUUGGGCAACAAGGGGCGCAGGACACGAGGCGGGCCACCUUUAACCUGCAGUACGGCAGGCCCUCCUUUCCCGACGAACCACCAGAAGCAGCAGCAGCAGCAGCAUUAGACCGGCGAUUGGAUCCCACGAGCCUAGCGCACGCCAUGCCACGCCUAGAGACCUUGUCCCUAAGCCUGUCCAUACUCAUCAGGCUCAAGCUGUCGCCAAACCAGAGGUUCCUUCAUCUCAAGCAUCUCAACCUUAGCAGGAGCAUGGACGGCAACAAGAGAUCAGAUUUCCGCCGUUUCCGUUUCGUGGUCUACUUUCUGCGGGCAGCACCUGCACUGGAAUCGCUCAAGCUGCAUUUGCUUCGCACGGCACCGGCCUUGGAUGCAUCUCCUGGUAGCCUUCACCUCCCCACGGAGCAGCCGAGGAGCCCGCACCAGGGUCUCAAGGCCGUCCAUAUCACUGGUUUCAGCGCUGACCUCGCCUUGCUCCAGCUCGCGCUCUACAUCCUGGAAAACGCGCGCGCCCUCGAGCGCCUGUCACUUGACCCCACACAGCAGGACGAGCGCGACUGGCCCGACAUGAUACACUCGUAUCCGGGAUGGUUUAGAAAGAUGACGCUUGCUCAGGAGGCCAUUGACAUGCAUAUCGGCCCCGUCGUGGAAUCCAUGUCUGCCGCUGGCUCGCGGACGAUACAGCUGCUAGGUCUGUUCCAUCUCUGUGGCUCGGAUUAGCGCGCUUGUCUGCCCUACAUCUACUGCAUGAUGCUCUCUGCUAAUUUUGUGUCAAAAUUUUAAGGUUUCGUGUUAAUUUGUUUGGUUGCUUGGCAAGAUUUCUUUUGACUAUCCAAAAAGGCUAGCUAGGAAUUAAUCCUUGAUCAAUGAUGUGGCUCCUAGCCAGUGCGCUUGCUCUCUGUACCACUAGUCUACAACCAAGCAGUGUCCAGAAAACUGUGGGUAAGUAAAUUGGGCGCU